AUGUCAGUAUUGAAGUUGGGGAUGGAUGCUGACUGCAGUUUUCAUAGUUUUACUGGAUCCGCAAUCUUCAACCUACUUGCCUUUGCCCCUCCCGCUGUUUACAGCACCCUAAGCAAGCUAUGGGUCGCCAAGUUGAGCUCCAGCGAGGUAGUCACAACUGAUGUAUACACAUACAUCGGCAUUAUUAUUGAGGUAAUGAAUGAUGGCAUUCCCCGUUCUGCGUGGCUGAUUAUUGGGGACAAAUCGUCGCGAAGCCUGCACUCACGGCUGAACCUUGCCUGGACCAUGAUCAUUGUUUGUGCAGCACAAGGGCUUAUGAUGACUGUUAUAUUUCUUGCAACGUCGACCAAGCUUGCAGCCGCCUUUGUCCCGGCUGAAGUGCGACAUGCCUCGCUUGCCUACGUACGCUGGUCCUCUAUCAAGGCCUGA